CCAACUUAUUGAAUGUCCUUUCUUUAUUCGCUACUUCAGGAUUUCUAAAACAAUGCAUUUAACUGCUGAUCAGACGACUCAGUGAGAUGGAGAAAACCUCAACAGAAGAUGACUGCGUGGAUUCAGGAGCCGAGACUGGAGGGUCUGAUUACAGUCCCUUGUCUUCAACGAGCAGUGAGUUAUCCAUGGGCGAGCUCCAGGAUCCUUUCCUCGUCAGUGUCCACCUCAUCGCCGACCCUGGCCAGGGCAAGUUCCUCCAGCGUGCUGCCGAUGCUGUCCUGGCGUGGGUUCACCCUGAGCUGCAUCUCUUCAGAGUGUCGGAACGUGCCUCUGUCUGCCAGCGGCCCUGGCCCAAGCGCCAUCAACACGGCAGUCAGACCGCAGCCUGCCAACCUGCUCUGGCUGUCAUCUUGUUCCUCCAGGAGGCAUGUGGCGGCGAGGAGCAGAUCCUGAUGCUGCACCGUGCUCUGCAGCAGCCACCUUGGCGCUACCACCACACAGAGGAAGUGAGCAAUGGCAAGCGGAUGUCACCAUUGACCCCGUGCAGUCAGGACUUUUUCACUCUGGCUCCUGGCACGCCGCUCUGGGCUGUGCGGCAGGUUCACUACGGGAAAGAAAUAGUGCGAUUUACUGUUUACUGCCGUCAUGAAAAUUAUGUGGACAUGGUGCGGCUGUACAAGCUGCUGCUUCAGCGCAGGGUGGCGCAGAAGAAGGAGGACUUUUGCUUCUUUGUGGUGUACUCCAACCUGGAAAUGGAGAUCCAGAUGUCAUUUAAGAGGCUCCCAAGAGGUCAGUGUCCGGUGCCGCUGGAUUCAGCAGUGAUGGAGGUGAGGGUGCGAGACGUGGGGGCGCUGGUACCCCUGCUGCCAAACCCCUGCAGCCCAAUCAGUGAUGUGCGCUGGCAGACAGAGGACUACGAUGGAAAUAAGAUCCUCCUGCAGGUCCAAGGCGCUACCUUCAAACACUGGCAACACUCCUCGCUCACUUCCAUCGUUAGUGAAUCGGCCUCAGCUCCAACCACUUUCACCCGCAGCGCUGCCUCCUGCAGGAACCACCACCACCACCACCAUCAUCAUCAUCGGCCGACAUCCCGUACCCGAGUCCAGCACCACCCCUCCCACGGCUCCCUCCCUAUGGCCUGUGAGGAUGUGGACGAGCAAGAGCAGUGGGCUGACCGGUCCCAUCCAGACACCUGGAGGACCCAGUGGAGGGGUCACCGGUCCAACUCCCUCUUCUCUCUACCAAACCUGGGCUCAGCCAGCUCCCGCUCCACGUGCUCCUCUCCUGGGCCUCCUCCUCUUCCUCCUCACAGCCCCCACCGCAGGAGCCAGUCCCUCAACAAGUGCUCCACCCUCAUCCCACCAUUCCGGCUCAAUGUGGACGCUCUGAUCGGGGCAGAGGAGACAGAUGUGGACACGGGGGAUAAGGUCAAUCCGAGCAGCAGUGUGGACCUGACGGUGGUGUCAGCGUACAUCAAACCCAGCCUGCCGCAGCUCUCUCGGCCGGUAUCGGCGCCGCCCGAAGACAUCGGCCCCUCCCUCUCUCCUGGCAUCCUGGAGAGCACCUACAAGGCAGCAACACUGGGCCGGAUUCCCGUUUCUGUCAGAACAAACAGCUUCACACCCUCUACUUUGCUGGGGUCACAUCCUCAAAGUACCUACAUGAACUCAAGCGCCGCCCCAUCUCUGAGUGACAUUUCCAUAAACCACUCAGACACUUGCAGCAUUAUUAGCGCGCCAGCAGAAGAGGCGGACAAGAUAGACGAAGAAGAAGACCAAGAAUUCUACAUUUGAUCAGUUUAUUGUAAGCUAAAGCGACUGACUGAGGCCAGUACUGACUGAUUCCAGAGUUAACACGGCUCUAUUCUUCCCCCUGGUGUUUGACAGUGACAUUAUGAACUGGAGCAUAGCACAAGCUUUAUUUAAUAUUCUCAUGUAUUUGUCAAUGUUGCUUUUUUUUUGCAUGUAGAUCUAAGCUAGAUAUGCUUUGUAAAUGUCAGGUUAUAUAAAGUAAGUAAAUGACAUAU